AGGCUGGACAUUCCUCUCAUACUGCAGACCAGGCAGGGGGAAACUUCCUGCCACUUCCCCUCAACCGCUUUUUUUUUUCUUUAAUUUUUCUUUUUUUUUUACGGUGAAACAUGAAAUGCACGGGGGAGGACGAAGCCUUUUUGGCUGCGAACAAGCUUUUAUACCUAGAGAAAGGACUGAAAGCGUUCAAACCCGCGGUGAAGACUCGCCAUUGAUCGGCGGCGGCGAGCAUAAGUUUGUGGAGUUUUUAGCAAGAGGAGCCGUUACAGUCCCACAGGACAGGAGAAAAUAACAAAAAGUGACGUCUCGCUCAGUUGAAGGACGAGGACAGUGAACGGAACAAGAGUGUUUGGAUCUUAUCAACUCUUGGCGUGCCUAGAGGACCUUCUAAGCCUGCAGGAAGGUCAGAACCCAGAGGUGAACCAUCUGUUGACACCAGCAUAUUAUCAUCUUGCACUGCACCACCUUCAACCCCAACAGAAUCAUCAGCCCCAUCAUCCUGCCUACCUUCACCAAACCUUGCAGGGAUGUCCCAGUAGGCCUGUCACAGCAUUGCAACAUGAGCAGCUGUUCCCACUAACAUCCCCAGGAGAGCAUAGAGAAAACAGCCAUACAGAUGUUUCGAAAAAAAGCAUCUUCCUCCUUGAGAAUGCGGAGAAUAACUGAAAGCACUAGAUUAUUCCCACAUGAGCAACAGAGAAUGUCCGGAGAACCAGGGACUAUUGACCGAGGGCGGAGCUUGUCCUUCCAUGAGGUGCGUUGCCAGCGUGAGGCAGAAAUGAGGCCAGCAGCUGAGGAGUCGUCCAACAGCAGCAACAGCGUAGGAGGUGGCAGCAGCACCGUACUGCAGCGCCUCCUGCAGGAGCAGAUAAACCGUAAUUAUGUGCUGCAACAGCAGCAACAACAGCAAGGAGGAGCAGGAGGGGGAGGUGGAGGAGGUUACUCUGGACAAGGACAGGGACAGGUGGGCCCCUCUGACGAUCACUCCAUGAGCCCCCACAUUGCCCGUCAGGAGCCCCAAGGUCAGGAGCUUCAGGCUGACAAUGGCCUGGAGAAGCUGGGCUCCACCAGAGUUGGAGGGGGCGGGAGCAGCGGAGGGGGAGGAGUUUUAUUAACAGGAGGAGGAGCAGGAAGUAGCAGUGGAGGUGGGAGCGGCCAAGGUCAGUGCCCGAACCAAGAGGACCUCCCUACAUAUGAAGAGGCCAAAGUGCAGUCACAAUACUAUCGUGGCCAUGGUCCUCCUCCUCAGCCACAGCAGCAGAACAAUCAGCCUCAGCAGCCAUCUCUCCCCGCCUCUAUGGGCACUGCCUUUUAUGUCACUGGGGUGACCAGUGCCAAGGUGCGCACUGAGGGCCGCCCCACGGUACAACGAGCAAGUGGAGCGGGGAAGGUGCACCAGGAUGAUGGACUGAAGGAUCUAAAGCAAGGACAUGUUCGGUCUCUAAGCGAACGACUUAUGCAGCUCUCCCUGGCCACCAGUGGUGUGAAAGCCCAUGCUCCUGUUACUAGCUCUCCACUGUCCCCUCUGCUGCCCCCGCCAGGGCCACCGGGUGACUACUACAAGCCCCAGCAUCGUGGGCCGCCUCCGGAUUAUCCCUUCAAAGGAAUGGGCUCGCCCACAAAACAGCAGGAACCUGGAGGCCAUUUUUACCAGGAGCAGAGAGGAAGAGAACACUCAAGGGAGGUACCUCAUGUCCGAUACCAGCCUCCACCUGAGUAUGGCUCGUUCAGGUCCAGUAAGGAGGGUUCGGUUCACUCACAGAGGCCCCUUCACCAGCACAGUCCCACUUCCUCCGUCACCUCCAUGGGCUCCUUGUCCAGGACCCAGUCCUCCAUUCUAAGCAGCAUGCUCAGUGCCUCCCAUUCUUCCCAUUCCUCCCAUCCCUCCCAUCCAUCCUUCCCUCAGCAGUACCCUAUGACCCAGGGAGAUUCCAUUCCAAGCAUGGGGCCCCGCAGCCCACAGAGUUCUGGUUCCCACCCAGCAGGUGAGUCCUUCAAUCCAGGGUCCAUUCACCCACCAAGAGGUCAUGGCUUCCCUCAUGACCCCUAUGGCUCCACCCCAAGGAUUCACCAUCAUCAUCAUCAUCAGCAGCAGCAGCAGCAGCAGCAGCAGCAGCAACAGCAGCAGCAGCAGCAGCAUCAGUAUCAGCUACAACUGCAACAACAGCAGUUCCAAGGACCUCCACCCCCCCAGUCUCAGCCGCCAGUCCAAGCCGGACAUUUUCCAAACCCACAUGCCUACUCCCACCUGCAGGGUGAACACUUUGCUAUGAUGACUCGUGCCCACCAGAUGGUGGAUGUGCUAACGGAAGAGAACAGGAUGCUGAGGCAGGAGAUUGAAGCCAGCCGCGAGAAAGUCAACAAAUUGCACAAGUUGGAAACAGAGAUUCAGCUAGUGUCAGAGGCCUAUGAAAACCUUGCCAAGUCCUCCUCGAAGAGGGAGGCCCUGGAAAAAACCAUGAGGAACAAGCUGGAACUAGAGGUGCGCCGUCUGCACGACUUCAACAGGGACCUACGAGAACGCAUGGAGACUGCAAAUAAACAGCUCGCUACUAAAGACUGUGAAGGCUCAGAGGACAAUCGCAAAACCAUCUCCCAGCUGCUUGCACAGAAUAAAGAUACACUGCGUGAGAAGGAGAAGCUGGAGAUGGAGUUGACUGCACUGCGCUCUACCACAGAAGACCAGAGGAGACACAUUGAAAUCAGAGACCAGGCGCUCAACAAUGCCCAGGCCAAAGUUGUAAAGCUGGAAGAGGAGCUGAAAAAGAAGCAGGUUUAUGUGGAGAAGGUGGAGAGGAUGCAGCAGGCUCUAGCUCAGCUCCAGGCAGCCUGUGAGAAGAGAGAACAACUUGAACAUCGUCUCCGUACAAGACUGGAGAGAGAGCUGGAGUCACUACGCAUGCAGCAGCGUCAAGGAGGCAAUCAAAACAGUGGUGUGGUCCCAUCUGAGUACAAUGCCACAGCACUCAUGGAACAUCUAAGGGAGAAGGAGGAGCGGAUCCUAGCUCUGGAGGCAGACAUGACAAAGUGGGAACAGAAGUACUUGGAGGAGAGCGUGAUGAGGCAGUUUGCUCUGGAUGCUGCUGCAUCUGUUGCCACUCAGAGGGAUACUUCUGCAGCAGUGAUAAGCCACUCUCCGAGUAGCAGCUAUGACACAUCGGUGGAGGCUCGAAUCCAGAAGGAAGAAGAGGAGAUUCUCAUGGCCAAUCGGCGUUGUCUGGACAUGGAGAGCAGGAUAAAGAACCUACAUGCCCAGAUCAUAGAAAAAGAUGCUAUGAUCAAGGUGCUCCAUCAGCGCUCCAGGAAGGAGCCCAUCAAGUCGGAUGCACCAUCUGCCAUGAGGCCCUCUAAGUCCCUGAUGUCUAUCUCCAACACUGGCUCUGCUGGUUCAGGACUGCUUUCUCACAGCCUGGGACUUAGUAGCUCACCCAUCACUGAAGAACGCAAGGACACUAGCUGGAAGGGCAGCCUGGGGGUUCUGCUUGGCCCUGAGUUUCGUACAGAGUCUCUCAGGACAGAAUCAAUCUCUUCAUCCCCCUCUCCGGUGCUUUCCACCUCAAUGACUGCAGGCCACUCGAAGACAGGCAGCAGAGACAGCUGUACGCAGACUGAAAAGGGCCAAAAUCAGGACAGCAGCAAGCCCAGCACUCCAGCCCUGCAGAGCAUGACGCUGCCUGCCCGCCUGUCCAGCCCCAGCCCUGUCUACAUCCCUGACCGCUUAGCAGAUGUGCCAAUGUUCCACAGCAGUACACUUGACCGGAGGCUCCCUGCACAGUCCUACCCACAGCAACCAGAGGCUCCUCGUCCAGCCCCACUCACUCAACAGGAAGUGGACAAUGACAUGGUGGAGAUUCUCAUCUGACCUCUUUACCCACGCCAAUAAUAUCAUCCUAUUGAAUGACUGCAUGGUCUCUCCAUCAGACAAAUGCAGUGACAGAAAUGUAAAUCCUCCUGGGUCAUCCUACAAACCCUCAACUCUGUCUGACUGACUCACACCAAGAGCCUUUUCAAACUCUGAUGUUUACAUAUGCAUUCAUUGCAACACUUCAGUCUGACUGGAGUUUUUAGAUAUUUCAUUCAUUCUUUCACUCAAUUACUGUUUAUCAUCUUAGGAAACCCUAGAAUUAAGAAGCAACAAGCAGAAGUGGGAUGCCCUUUCUUGUCUGGGCUUUUGAAGUUUUCCUUAAUGUGUUUGUUAAUAUGAAGUGGUGACUGGAACUUAAAAAUGUUGAAGUUCAGCCUCAUAUUUAUUUUUCUAAUGCAACUUUGUGAGUUGCCAUUAUCACCUUCCUGUUCACAGUGAUGAUGAUGGACUUAAGAUGGGUUUAACUUGGGUGACUGACAUGAGGAGUUGAAGUUAAUGAGCUGGAGAUGUUAGAAAAAACACAUUAAAAAGAAUGUAGUCAAGAUGUAUGCUUUAUGAAAGUGACAUAGUCACAUAUUAUUGAGUAGGAAUAAAAAGGAGUGGGCAAAGCUGAAAGCCAAAUUUGUUCUGUUAAAGCUGCUGUAAUCUUCAUUUUAGCUAACUUCCUGCAUUUCGCAGUUAGCAAUCCCUUCAUCUCUUUAUCCCCACUCUUGCAUGACUCCAUUAUUUUACCAAGGCAGCUCUCUUUACCUCCUCCUAUUUUUCAAGCGAUUUUCUUCACUUGGUGUGUGUGGAAGUAUUGUCCGUCACUGGGAGACCUGGAAUUGGUAACUGACCGUGUCACAAGUAGAUAAGACCACCUCGUAACAGAGUUCUCAGUCACGAUUGGAUAAGGUGGGCAGGGACAUCAGACAAUAGGCGAGUUCAUGAUCAUCAUGUUCAUGAUGAGCAUUGUGCAGCGCUGCACAGGGCUGCCUAAAUCGUGAUGCAUGCUGGUUAAAAUGUGUCCAUGAUGACCUUGAUGGGAGUGGUUUCUGCUCCACAUUCGAUGUCACAUGACGUUAAGUUAUCACGGGAGCAAGGUUGCUGCAGAGCAGUUUCUCUCCAGGUACUGCCCACCUUCAUGACGUCAGGAUUUUGCCCUAAUUGACUUUUAUCUAUGCUGACACAUAUGACGCGUGUUUCGAUGAAUUUCCAUAUCCAUUAGCGCCUGUGCCUCUUUUCUACUCAAAUAUCACAUACUUUCAGAUAAGUAGCAGCCGUAUGGCCACAACUAUGGGAUAGUCAACAUGAAUAAACCAAUAAAAUCCUUUAUGUAAUGCAACAGCCCUGAAAGAUGUUGUCAAUAAAUUGCUCAGUUCUGUCACCUCACUUGUGGUGAUGAUAGAGAAGUGGUUAACUCCAGUGUUAUCUGUAUUAUUCACUCUUAUUAGCCCUUUCUGUUCCCGUCACGUAGAGAGUGUCCAACUUCAUAGCAGCAUUUGUAUCCCCACCGCUGCAGUCGCCAGCAGAUCUCGCUGUUGCAGGAGGUCAGCUGGAGUUCAACUUGAACUGGGGCUGGGGGAGGGGAAACAUGGGUUACUGACCAAACACUUCAUAACAGCAAUUACUGGUGGGAUAUAGAGAUAUUUAUUAUUUUAAUCAGAAAAUAACACCUAUAGCAGCUUUGAAAUUCAACAAUGACACUUAGGACACAUUUGGAUACACAAAUACAUGUUAAGUUUUCCAUUUAAGGUGAAGGAUUAUUCUUUUUGUCACUGUUGUACUUUAAGACUCGCUGGGAUCAGUGACUAAAGCUUUGUUAAAUGCACUACUUUAAGUCCUGGGGGAUUCAAUGUCUUCGUUAUGUAUACCAACUAAUAGAGACCACAUUACUAACUGCAGCACCAAUGGCAUUUCAGCACAUUUGAUAUCAUUUGCAAAGCUUCACAUGUUGCAUAUGCUUCCUCUCCAACAUGCAAGCAAAGCUUAACGAUGAAAAGUCUUGCUACAAGUAUUUAGGUGUAAGAAGCAUCUUGUUACCUGGGCAGGGGACCUUUUUAAACCCUCCUGUACAGUGUUGUUUGAGGCUGGCUAGCUCCAUUGGACCAAAUGUAAUGGCUAACUUUUUGUUGCAUUUAUUGCACUAUUUCUGACAUUAGGUGUUAUAAUUUAAUUUUUGACAUUAUAUUUAUGUGUAAUGUUUUGUUGUUGUUGUUGUUUUUUGUUUUUUUUUACCAUAGUUACACAUGGCACUUAGGUAUUCAGACAUGAUAAGGUGUUCACAUUGUAUAUGUAUUGUAAUGGCCUGUGUAACUGUGUGCCAUGAAAGUAUCAUAAAGUAACUGGAAUCUCAGUUGCCCUGUUUGGUACUGUCACAGUCAUCGCAUGGUUACGGUACAUUCAGUGUUGGUGACCUUCAGGCAGGUAAAUCUCCCCAAUUACAAUUGGUCAGCUUCAUGAGCACCCCCUUCGUUACUAUACAGUUGCCCUAACUACAAAUAGUUUUACAAUUAUGGACUCCUUUUCAAAUGUACAUUUUCCUGUCUGAGAUGCAUUUUAAAAUUAGCUUGGAUGAACUACACAAAAGUGAGCUUGUGUGCUACUCUGAAAAAUAUUUUUCAUUUGGAUUGUAGAAAAUGUUCAACAAUUUCAGAAGAGAUUACCAAACAAGAAGACUUUUUUUCUUGAAACCUCGGCCACCAGAUAUCAAAGUUCUACCAUGGUUCAGUGAGCAUGAACAGUCCUCACAAAACUCUAUAUGAAACAUCCCUGGACAAGUAUAUUUGUGUUGUCUGUGCUAGAUCCAACAGGCUGGCUAGACUUUGUUCAUGUCAUGAAAGUCAUUAUUCUGUGCCCACUGUAGGACUAGUAGGUAUCAGUGGUGGGCUUUGGGGGGAGGUACGGGAGAGAGUAGUGUCUGACAAUUAGGUUAGCUGCCUGCAUGACCACACUGACUCUUAAAUAGCAGAUAUCAUCAUUAUCAUAUCAUUCAUUCCAUAUUUUACUUACCAUGCUUGAAGAACAAGAUGAAGAGAUUCAUCUUUUGUAUUUUAAUCACAAAAUCUACAUAUUGGCAAUAUUGAAAUGUCCAGGUAUUUGUAUCAAUGUGACUUGUUGUCAAAAAAAAACUUUGAGAAGUACAACCCAGACUUGGAAAAAAGUGGGAGGCUGUGUAAAAAAAAGUGUUCCUCAGCCUAUGUUAUGUUCUUUAUACAAUCAUGUAUUUCACAAAGUGGUGAACCUUGCCUCAUCCCUGCCCGUGAACAACUGAGCCUUUCCAGAAUGCCCUUUUUAUACACAGUCAUGAUACUAUCACCUGUUACCAGUUAACUUGGAGCAUUCCACAAUCUUCCCUGUCUUCAUUGCCCCUGUCCCAGCUUGUUUGAAAGAAGUUGCUGCCAUCAAAUUGAGAUGCACAUAUAUUUACAAAAAUCAAUUAAGUUCAUGAGGUAAAAAUAUUAAAUAUGUGGUUAAUUGAAUAUAUUGCACUCUUUUCAAUUGAGGAUAUGUUUAAAAAAAAAAGAAAUAACAAAUUCUCUUUACCUUCUUUUUUUUCCUUCUUUUUUUUUACACAGGACUCCAUCUUUUUUGUAAUUAAGAAUCAUUCUUGGACAGUUUACAAUCACUUUAGUCAGCUUGGAUCAGAUACAGCCCCAUGUGACCCUGUAAAGGAUAAGCAGUUAAGUAACAUGCAUAGUUAGAUAUUGCAUGUGAGAGAGGUCCACUUUUGAGGUUGUCUUUUGACCAAAGGUAACAAAAUUAAUUGGUAAUUAUCCCUAUAGAUGAUUGCGUAAACUCAAUAAAACAUAAGACUGCUAUUAAAUCAUGGCACAAAUCAAGAAUAGCCUACCCUUUGCUCAGUCAAGCCUUGUUGUUUUUGUUUAACUCUGUGUUAAAAAUUACAUUUUAAGCAAGGAUGUUGUAGUUAGAUUGUCCACUGAAAACCAAAAAUAUUGGACCAAAGAAACUAAGAAUGGUCAGCUCACUGAUGUUGUGAUUGCAGAGUCAGUGGGAUUAUGUCAAUGAAGGACUGAGUUGACUUGCACUGAUAUGCCGUAACCACCGUGUUAACAAGGAAUGAGGUGAUAAAACAAUCUGAUGACUUAAUCCCAUCUGCCAAAAUGAAUGGUAUUACUUUACUACACUACGGAAAUCUACAAUCGGUGUAUGUGUGAAGUAAUUUGAAAGUCAAGGUGCUUUGCUAAAAAGCACAAUAUCAGUGUUAAUACAUAUGUUUACCAAUAAUUUACUUCACCAGCAGAUUGAGAGUCCUUACGUUGGUACUGUGAAACAUCUUGCGCUGCCAUGUGUCUUGGCAUGAUCAGGUGAAAUCUCAGAGACAAUGGACCCUGUGGCAACUGUAAGGCCUCAGGUGGGACCCCAGCAUGUUACUGAUGGUAGACUGCAACCUUCACAAAGUUAUUCAUUGAAAACCUGCUUUGUGUUAACAUUGACAAUGCUGAAUUCUGGUUAAGUUUGGAAUGGUUUUCCAUUCCCUUAAGUAAAACAAACAGCAAAAAGUAGUUUACCUGUCCGUUUCGGGCAUUCCAAGCCUUGAAACACAGAUCUCACAACAUGGUUUAAUGUGACAUAUAUUUUAUGGAACCUUUACUAAUCAGACCAGAACAUUGCUUAUUUUACUUUCUUACUGAAGAUGAAAUGACAGCAAGAAAUAUAGAAAGGACAUACACUUAGGAUCAGUCCAGUUCUGUCAUAUUAUCAAAACACAGUGUAAUAUAACUUUUGGAAUUCAUAAGAAAAAUAAAUAAUAAUGAUAAUAAUAAGAAAAUAAAUGUUUACCCACAUUUGAGAAGUUUGAACCAGUGGAUUCUUUGCAGUUACACUGAAAGCACCUAAAAUAAAUAACCCAUUAUCAAAAUGGAUGCCAAUUAUAUUUUUGGUGGUAAAUUCAUAGUUUCAGCUCGACUGACUGUGUAUGUCCAUGAGGCACUUAUUUCAGGAGUCCUUAUUAAUUGUGAAGUGCUGAAAAACGUCUGAAAAUUUCGGACAGAACUGUUCAGUAACUGAGACAUAGGUUCCUUCAUUAACCCACCUGAGAGCUCACUACAGGCCUUGGUCCUGCUUUUUGUGUAAGGAAAUACACAUUUUCCUUCACCAACAACUUAUGCAGUGUCUUUUUCCUUUCUCUUUUAUAAAAAAAAGUCCAAUCACGUUAUAAGUGCCUCUAGAUACCAAUAGCAGUUUGAGGUUGAGUCUUAUGUGUCUUUACCUGGCACUUGUUAUAAGAUGUUUGUGUGCUGUCACUUCAGUCAGCAAGCAUUGUUGUCUGUUAGCAUUUGGAUCUAAACAUCAGCUGUCAUUCACUGCACAUCCCGAAUGUACAAACAUGCAAAGGGGUUAAUUCAAAGUGUCUUUAAGUUUCUUAGACAGUCACUCCAACUUAAGCCCAUGUUGAAAACAUAGAGCAGUUUGCAAUGUUUACCAUCUGUAAAAAUGUGUGCCUGCAUUGUAUUUGUAUUGUAUCGUAUGUUAAUUUUGCUGUACAAUCACAAUCAUUGUUCAAACAAUUUUCAAGUGAUUUUCCAUUGAUUCUUUACUACAAUCAUCUCAGACAGUUUCUUAUAUUACGGCAUUCAUUUAAUUUUCUCUACGCAUGCUUUUUCUGACACUCCAAAACAAUCUCCAAAUUGUUUCACUAAAUGGUUACGUUAGUAUUAAUGAAGAUGGUUAUUGUUAGGAUUUUAUUGAUAUCAAUACUUAUACUGCUUAUCAAUUGAAACUGUUUGAUAAUCUCCAUAAUUUGGUGCAAACAAAUAAAGACAUGACAUGAGAAGAUG